GUCUCUAUAAAAUGGUUGUCGCGAGCGUGUCCGGGAGAUCGGCAAUGGCGUUGGGAUCAAUGGGGCGUCCGGCAUUGCUGCUUCUCUGCCUCGUACUGCUGAUAGUAGUCGGUGGCGUCUCCGCCUCCAGGGCGGGAGCUGGGGCGGCGGCCUCAAGUGCUUCUCCGGCUAACGAGUCGGCUUCCAUGGGGAAGAGGGCGGGAGCUGGGGCGGUGGCCUCGACGGGCUCGAGUGCUUCUCCGGCUAACGAGUCGGCUUCCAUGGGGAAGAGUGCCGCCGAGCGUCAAACGGUGGCGGCCGUGGUCGACGAUCCGGAACUGAUCGCAGCUGAGGUUCACAUGGUGACACAGAACAGCACGGCUCGCCGCAACCUCGCCUACUUGUCGUGCUCGACUGGCAAUCCCAUCGACGACUGCUGGCGCUGCGACCCGGAGUGGCAUGAGAACCGCAAGCGCUUGGCAGACUGCGGCAUUGGCUUCGGCCGCAACGCGCUCGGCGGCCGCGACGGUGAAAUCUACGUGGUGACCGACCACAGGGACGAUGAUCCCGUGAACCCGCGGCCGGGCACGCUCCGCUACGCGGUCAUCCAAGAGGAGCCCCUCUGGAUCGUAUUCAAGCGCGACAUGGUCAUCACCCUCUCCGAGGAGCUGAUCAUGAACAGCUUCAAGACCAUUGACGGCCGCGGAGCCAACGUGCACAUCGCCAACGGCGCCUGCAUCACCAUCCAAUUCGUCACCAACAUCAUCAUUCACGGCCUCCACAUUCACGACUGCAAGCCCACCGGCAACGCCAUGGUCCGUAGCUCCCCUUCCCACUACGGCUGGCGCACCAUGGCCGACGGCGACGGCGUCUCCAUAUUCGGUGCCAGCCACAUUUGGGUCGACCACAACUCUCUUUCCAACUGCGCCGACGGCCUCAUCGACGCCAUUAUGGGUUCCACCGCCAUCACCAUUUCCAAUAAUUACUUCACCCACCACAACGAGGUGAUGCUGCUGGGCCACAGUGAUUCUUACGUGAAGGACAAGGCCAUGCAGGUCACCAUCGCCUACAACCACUUCGGAGAAGGUUUAAUUCAGAGAAUGCCAAGGUGCAGGCACGGCUACUUCCAUGUGGUGAACAAUGACUACACGCACUGGGAGAUGUACGCCAUUGGUGGAAGCGCUGACCCAACCAUUAACAGCCAAGCAAACAGGUAUCUUGCCCCUACCAACGCCUUCGCUAAGGAGGUAACCAAGAGAGUCGACACAGAUUCAAGCGUGUGGAAGAGUUGGAACUGGAGAUCAGAAGGUGACCUGCUUCUGAACGGGGCUUACUUCACCCCCUCUGGAGCUGGAGCAUCUGCUAGCUACGCCAAGGCUUCUAGCCUCGGAGCCAAAUCCACGUCCAUGAUUGACUCCAUCACUGUCGAUGCAGGUGCGCUGCGCUGUCGCAAGGGUGUUCAAUGCUAACUGAAAGGUCAAAAGAUAGGAAAAAGAGAGUAUAUCGACAAAAGGGUGUUCAACCUCCCCUGUUUCCGUUAUAAUUCGAUCCAUGGAGCAGGCGGAAGCGUUGCUGAUUCGUUAUCGCAUUGUUUUCCUCUCGCUGAUGGCUUCUUUUGUUUGGAGCAUUGAGCAGUGAGCAUUGAUUUGAAGUUGAAAUACUAGGAUACGGUGGUAUCUUUGUUGUGAUGUAAUGUCCAAAAUUGAAGAUUGUAAUAGAUGCUAGUGAAGGAAAUUGUUGUGCAUAACA